GUGCUGAUGACGUUAUAUAGCAGUCAAAGCAGUAAAUUUAUGGUUUCCCUAAAAUACCAUGAAAAUAAUCCAGGUUCCUGCAUUCUUCUGUAUAAAAAUGGAUGUAAUGAAGCUGUUUGCUUCACUUCUCCAUCAAAACCAGACUGUCCGAUCAUUAAAGAUUAAAGAUAUCAGAUAUAGACAAGUGGAUUUGAAAGUGUCUCCACCGGGUCCUGAUACAGAGGAGCUCAAAUUACUGUACAAAAUGAAGGAAGAGAAAGACUGGACAUCUCAAACUGUGUCAAAGAACCAGAAAACAGUUACUCUGACUGAUUUCAGACCAGAUACUGAGUACAAUAUUAAAUGUGCAGCGGUGGGAAAACUCAACUACAUCAGUGAAUCUGAUGUCAUCACAAUUAUCAUAAAGAACAAAAAUGAUCUCAUCAAGAAAAGCAUCUUAAUUGAAGAUGGAAAUCCUGCUCGAUAUCGUCUGCAAAGAAAGACAGACAAUAUUGAUCAAUCUGAACCAUAUAGAAAAAUGACUUUUGGAGAGAGAGACAAAACCAAACCCCAUAAAACCAUUCUGAUAGUGGGAGAAACAGGAACAGGAAAAACAACCCUGAUCAACACUAUGAUCAACUACAUGUUAGAUGUUCAGAGAGAAGACAAGGUUUGGUUUGAGAUCACAGAUGAUCAGAGCGACCGAACAUCAGUUCACAGUCAGACCUCCAGCAUCACUGUUUAUGGGUUUUAUCCACAAGAGAGUAAAACUGAUCUAACAAUCAUCGACACACCAGGAUAUGGAGACACUCGUGGAGUUGAGAAAGAUAAAGAGAUCGCUGAGAGUUUCCUUAGCUUAAUUCAAUCUGCAGGAAUCAAUGAAAUAGACGCAGUGUGUCUGGUGAUUAAAGCAUCACAGAAUCGACUCUCUGACAGACAGAUGUACAUAUUUGAUGCUGUUCAGUCUUUGUUAGGAAGUAAUAUUGAUGAAAGACAAUAUUUUCUCUUCACACACUCAUCUGGAGCUCGACCUAAAUCUGCUUUGACGGCUGUUAAAAAGGCUAAAAUCAAGUGUGCAGUGAAUGAACAGAAUCAGCCGGUGUAUUUCCUGUUUAACAACUGUCAGUCAGAAGCUGAUGAUGAAGAAGAUGAAAUGAUACAGGAUCAAUCAUGGAAUCUCAGUUUUAGAGGAAUGGCAGGAUUGUUCAAGUUUCUCUACACAAUACAACCGAAAUCCCUGAAGAUGACUCAAGAUGUGUUGCAGAUACGGAAACAGCUGGAGGCAAAUAUUUCAUCUAAAAGCACGAGUUCAAAUGACAGAACUAAAGCUAAAUGA